AUGGCCGAAGAACACAGCAGCUCAGAGGAGGCUCUGCCUCCUCAGGACUCGCUGCAGAUGUCCAUCCCGGCUGAGGCUGUUGGGGCCGAGGAGGAAAUGGAGGAUGAAUUGCUCGUGCUGGACCCGGACCAUCCUCUGAUGAGAAGGUUCCAGUCAGUCCUUAAGAGCCACCUGGAAAAACAGCUGGAGGAUGUCAACACAGAUAUGCGUGAGAAUCGGGUCAUGGAGCGAGCUGAGGGAAAGUCGCGUGAGGAGCUGGGUGUGGAGGUGUACUCUGUGCAACAUGAGCUGGCCAGGCUGCAGACUAACCUGGACAACCAGCAUGACGCCGAUGUGCAGAUGGCCGCCCAGCGGCAUCAGGCUCAGGAGCAGCUAGAGGCUGUACGCAGCCAGUACCAAGCUACCGUCAACCAGACCAGGCAGCAGAGAACGUGCGAGACCCAGCUGCAGACUGAGGUCGACAACCUGGUGCUGCGUCUCUUCUACAUGCAAGGAGUGAACAGGGACCUACAGUCUGACAUCAGUGUUGUGAAGAACGCCUCCAGCAAGGCCCAAACUGAGAAGGCUCGGGCGGCGGAGGAGAAGAACGCGCAGGACCUGUACGUGGAGCGUUUGACCAAACAAGUGGAGAGACUGACGGAGCAGAUCGGGCUCUACAAAGCUCAGACCGAUGAGCAAUCUGCAGAGAGCCAGGUGGCCAAGGAGGCCCUCGCAGAGGCUCAGAUGGAGAUGGACUCGGUGUUAGUGGAGCAGAAGCAGCUCCUGCAGCACUGGAACAGCAGUCUGUUCGGAAUGCGCCGCCGCGAUGAGGCGUACGCUGCCAUGCAGGAGGCGCUGAGCACGGUGCGAAACCAGGUGCGGACGCUGGACACAGAGAUCGAUUGCUUCAAGAAGUCGAUCGCAGGCGAAGAGGAGCGCAACGAGCGGCUAACCAUGCUGCUGAACCGCUCCCAGCUGGACUGCGAGACAUCACGCAAGCUGAUGGCGCAGAGCCAGACCAAGCAGGAGGUGCUGCAGACCCAGUACAGCACCUACACGCGCAUGCUGCAAGAGAGCGAGCAGAUGCUGGGCCGCGUGACCGGGGAUUGCGCAGCACGGCAGGGUGAGCUCCACACACUCAGGAAAGAGAUGGAGAAGGAGGCCUCCGUUCGCCAGGAGCUGGAGAACAAGACGAUGACGAAGAUGCACGAGCAUCUGACGCACGACCAGGGAGCCAAGUACUCCCGCAGGCUGAUGGAGGAAAUGGCCGCUCACAGGACCGACAGGGAUCUGCAGCUGUCACAGUUGGAGAACGAGGUGGCCCAGGUGAUGCUGGGGAGCACGGAGGUGACCCUGCACCUGGAGUCACUCAGGCGGGUCCUGGCUGAGCUGGGGAAGCAGAUAGACCUGAAGCACAAGCAGAUGUCCGACAACGAGGCCGAGAUGAAGAGGCAGAUGACCGUCAUGGAGCGCAAGCAGGACGCCAUCAGCAUCUGCAAUAAGAAGAUCGAGCAGAUCCGUGCUGAAACUGGGCACAAGGACCUGAGUGUCCUGGAGAUCCGUAUGAACAAGUUGAGCAAGGAGCUGGAGGAGGUGGGCACAGAGAUGAAGGAGCAGCAGCAGCACUGGCUGAGGCAGCAGGAGGAGCUGGUGAGGCUGAACCAGGAGCGGCAGGCCCAGGGAGGCGAUGUGCUCGCCCUGCAGACGCAGCUCACCAUCCUGCAGCAGAAGAAGCUGCGACGGGAAGGUGAGAUCCAGCAGGAGAAUCAAGAGCUGGCAGAGGUGGAAAGGAACAUGAAGAACUUGAUGCUGGACUUGGUGAAGCUCAACAAUUUAGUGAAUAAGAACAGCCAGCAGCACGAGGCUCUGGAACAGAGCAACUCCUUGAUGGAGAACGACUUCCUGCAAAGACUCAAGGAGGCUGAACGGGAAUCCAUCAAAAUACAGAUGAAGCAUGAGGACAUUCAGGAGGAGAAAGAGAGACUGCUCAGCUUCCUGGUGGAGACAGAGAGGCAGAUCAUGUUGUGGGAGAAGAAGACUCAGUUGGCAAAGGAGUCCCGGAUGGCUGUGGACUCGGAGAUUGGGCAGGGAGACAUACGAAGCAUGAAGGCUGAGAUUCACCGCAUGGAGGUGCGGUAUGGCCAGUUGAUGAAGCAGCAGGGCCGUCUGCUGAAUGAGAUGGAGGCCAUGGUGGCCCGGCGGGGGACCAUCGAGACGCAGGCCAAGGCCCAGGCCCGAGCCGACCGGAGGCAGCCCACGCACACGGACUUCCGCAGCGUACUGCAAGGCCUGCGCAGAAAGAUUCAGGACACGCAGAAGCAAGUAAAAGAGUCGGAAGGUGUGGUGGCAGAGCUGCAAGAGGCCCAGCAGUCCCUGAGCAGCAGCCUGAGGGAGAAGCAGCAGCACCUCGAUGAGCUGCAGAGUGCCAGCGCAGUCAGGACUGCUGAUCUGCGCAGUUUGCAGGAUUCAAAAGAGAGGAACCUGACCAGGCUGAUAGCCCUGCAGGCCCGGGCCAAGCAGCUGCAGGUGGUGCGAGAGGGGCGAUACACCUUCAUCAGUGUCAGCGAGUCUGCUCUGGAGCCUGCCAAACAGCGUCUGGAGGAGCGUCUGCACACCGUCAGCACCAUCCUGCACCGCGUGUGCCAGGAGUCCCCCCACCACGAGGGGGCGCUGCGCCACCUCUCCCUCACCCUCGCCAACCGCCUCGAGAACCAACAGGAGACGGCAUGA